AUGGCUCCAAUCUAUACUGCAUAUUCGGUGGACAAGUGUUCCAAGGUAUAUGACGAAUAUAAGUUCACUCUAUCGGAGCUGUAUCGUGAGGUGGCCAAGGAGGAACUCCGCGAAGAUGAUUUCGUACGCGAGAAGGCUUUGACGGAAAUGCGUCAUUGGAUUGCGGAAAAUCCGUACAUCUUCAAGUGUCGCACGGAUGCAAAGUUCUUGCUUCGAUUUCUCCGUUACCGUCAGUUCUCAGUCCCAAUGGCAUGCGAGGCGCUGGAGCGUUACCUGACCGUCCGAGAGCUUUAUCCAAGUUGGUUCAAAAGUUUGGAUUGUACCGAUCCUAUCAUGAAGGAAAUUUUCCACAACGGUCCAUUUUCCCUGCUCGGUUGGGACGCUAACGGUCGGAUGGUGGGACUUUCGCGCUUCAGUAGAUUUGAUGGUGAGAACCACAGUCCCUCCCAGGACGCUCGCUUUAUGGCGAUGGUUAUGGAGACGAUGCUCGAGUGUGAAGAAUUCCAGAUAGGUGGUUGUCACAUUCUGAUCGACUUUCAAGAUAGUACCGUAAGCAACUACGAAAAGUGGAGUACGUCUGAUUUGAAAAUCAUGAUGGAAGCGUAUAGUCACGCAUAUCCUUUACGCUACGGGGACAUUCAUUCCGCAGCGCUACCAAAGCAUGGCGUUUCUGUCAUCGAUACGUUCCUGUCGUUUGCAAAUCCGAAAAUGCGUGAGAAAAUCAGUUGCUAUUCAACGGUUGGUGAGCUUGAAAAAUAUUUUGAAACUCCACUGAAACCUUCGUUGUACGGUGGAACGUUGAAUUUGGAAACAGCGAAUCAUGCCCUAUGGAAGCGCUUUGAGGAAUAUCACGACGUAGUGGUCGGGCUCGAUCGUAUGGCGAUCGAUAUGGAUUAUUAUUCAUCCCGAUGGAACUUUGAAGGAGCAACACCGGACGAGAUCGCAGCCGGCGCCAUGUUCAAGCAGUUACGCAUGUGCUAA